UUUGCGUUCCUCGCUCAAAUGGCCGAUAGUAUCGAGAUAGACUCCGGAAACACAUGGUGUAACCUAAUUUUAACUAUCAUUAUCUUCUUCAUUUUCUUUUCGAUAUAUAAAACCCGGGUGCUCCCUAGUAUCCACGUCGAAGAGUUCUACGUACCUGCGCUUAACUCCACCGGCAAUUUCACCACAAUCAACAACACCAUCUAUAUCAACCUAAAACUCAAAAAUAGGAAUCCAGUAACUGGCCUGUACUAUGUUGAUCCUCUCUAUUUCAACCUAUCAUUUAUCCCCAAGGAACAAAAGACAAGCAUCCAUCUUGCAGAAUUCGGGCUGCAUGGAUUCUACCAAGGUAAUGGAAAGGCUAAACGCGUCAAAGGUCUGUUGAUGACCCACGGCUUGCCAUCGGUCUUAAACGGGACUCAAGGGGCUCUACCAGCAGGGGCUUUUAGAGUUGAUUUCUUUGGCAAAGUUAGGUAUAAGCUAAUUGGGUACCACAAGAGACAUCUGAUGUUGUUGGCAGCUAACGUAGAGGUCGAUGACAAAACUGGUGUGAAAGUUGGAGAAAAAGCUAUUAGAUUGGUGAAUUCUGGUGCUUGGGAUCACAAACGAGCCAUUCUUUUGCCAGUGUCUAUGUUGCUUGGUGCAUUUUUCAUGUAAUUGUGUGUGAUGCAAAGUUAUCUAUUUCGCUGGAAUUGUUUUUCUACGUUUGUAAUGUAACUUCGAUUUCUGCAUUUUGAUUUAUUGCACUCCAUAAUAUAUUUUGUAAGGUUGAUUUUUUGUUUGUCAAAUGUAAAAGCCAUCAAUAAUUAAAAUAAAUAUAUUAUACGGUCCGUAA